AUGGCCACCGCCGCUGUUCAACCCGCUAUAGGUCCUUGGAAAUCGAAUGGUGCCUUUUGGCCCGCUAUUAUUCCAGGUUCGGGUCUCCCUGUCGAGCUGCAGGCCUUGGAUGUCGCCUGCCGCACGUACAACGCGCUCCCCCCCAUCGAGGAGCAGGCCAAGCUCUAUAGCUCCCAGCACAUCAAAGCUUUGCUCGCCAUCAUCAACAGCCAUGAUAUGGGCAACCUCUUUGGUGUCCACUCGCCCCAUCGCCAAGGGCCCUUCCCUCCUCAACGGAUAAAAGCUCUCCCCCCAAUUCCUCGUCGAUGUCAUCCAGUCGGGGACUUCUCCAAGGCACGUGCCAUGGACGCUGUGCCUACUGGCGAGUUGGAGGUGGUCUGGUGCUCCACCAAAGAGGAAUUUACUGUCGUUGUGCCCCUCGACCGUAUUGUCGAUGGAAUCGUGGAGCCUGUCCUUACGGGCUGGAACGUCAAGGAUGGCUCUCAGGAGAACACGGACUCGGAGCCUCCCGCUGGUCAGAGUUGGGCCAAGGCAGUUGUCGGGACGAAGGAGACGCACAAAGUCUUCGUCAGCAAGUCUCACAAUGCCCAGGCUGUCACCCCUGAGCUUCUCAACAAGGCGCUUGUCGAUAUCGGGGUGAUCGAGGCUUAA